AUGACAAAUGGCGGCCAAAAACACAAGUCGUCGGCGGGUAAGCUUCGAAAUACACAGCGACUGAUGCUUCACCUCUANGCAUUCCAUUUCGCAGCCGGCUUGGGCUCCGGUGUGACGAGCGCCUUCCUCCUACAACCCGCCGACCUUCUCAAAACUCGCGUCCAACAGUCCUCCAGCGCAUCACUUUCAGUCGCUCUCAAGAACAUUCUCGCAGGUCCCUCUCCUAUACAACAACUAUGGCGCGGCACCACACCAUCCGUCAUUCGAACAGGUGCAGGCUCAGCUCUCUACUUUGGCAUGCUAAACCAAUUGCGACGAGCAACUUCGACCACCACAUUAGGAGCCGACGGUAAAACAAAAACAAGUCUUAGUAAUACUGCGAACCUGGCUACAGGAGCUGCAGCAAGAGCAUUGGCUGGCUUCGUCAUGAGCCCUGUCACUGUCUUGAAAGUGAGGUACGAGAGCAGUCUGUACGCCUACACCUCAUUAUCCUCGGCCGCGAAGGACAUUUUCAAGACCAACGGAGCUAAAGGCUUCUUCGCUGGCUUCGGUGCUACUGCCGUAAGAGAUGCGCCGUAUGCUGGUCUCUACGUCCUUUUCUACGAGCAAAGCAAGACUUCGCUAUUCGGUCAUCUGGACAUCGCUGCACCGAUGGCGAACUUCGGGUCUGGAGUUUUGGCUGCAGCUGCAGCGACGGCCGUCACAAAUCCUUUCGACGCGGUCAAAACAAGGCUGCAGCUCCAGCCUGAGAGAUACAGAAAUGCAGUCAGUGCUGCAAAGAAGAUGAUUACAGAAGAAGGCGCUAUGUGCUUGUUCGAUGGAUUGGGCAUCAGAAUGGCAAGGAAAGCCAUCAGUUCUGCAUUGGCCUGGACCGUGUACGAGGAAUUGAUUCGCAGGGCAGAGAAUAAGAUCGCCAUAUAG